ACGGGACCGAGGUGUCAAGCUCGGUUAGCCGAGUUAACGGCCUUCUUCGUGUAACCUCGGUCUCCUAACUAACUAACAAACAUCUGCCAUCGUUUUAUUUCCAUUAAUAAAUAUCCGAAACGUUUGUCCUUCUGAAGAAGGUUGUUUUGGUAGCCAGCUGAUCAUGGCAACGGUGCACUGCCCAAGGGAUUCCCUGCAUUGGGAAGAGACUGACUGCCUGAGCUACUAUGACAUGCUGUCUCUUCACGAGGUCUUCGAAAUCGUGGGUUCCCAGUUGACGGAGGCAGAUGUCAAAGUGCUGUCUUUCCUUCUUGAUGAGGCCUAUCCCACCAGACACCCUCUUGAUCCAGAGGGAUGGACUGAGGACGUCCCUCCGGACUCUGAUUUGCCCGUGAACUCUCCUUGCCCACGUCUCCUGGAGGCCUGGCGCAGGAUACGCCCUCGAGGAGAGCCGUUUCUCUCCUCCAAUCGCCACAGGCCUGAAAGCGGCGUGGAGCUGCUGCUGGAGCUGGAGAGACGUGGCUUUUUGCACGAAGGAAACAUGGAACCUCUGCUGCAGCUUCUUCGAAUUCUUACGCGGCACGACCUCUUGCCUUUUGUCUCCAGCAAGAAAAGAAGAACAGUGUCACCCGAUCGAGAACCGGAGAACUAUGCAAGAAGUGCAGGACCCACACAUACAAGUUCACACACAGAUCUGGUGUCUCUGGAAAACACACAGGCAUCUCAGUGGAGGACAGGUGUUGGCUCAGCUGUUGCUGCAAACGCUCCCUGCAGAAGGAAGCGGGGCAGAGGGCGUGGCCGAGCCAGACGGUCCAGGACCACGCCCCAAGUCGUCCCUCAGUCUCCACCAAACAAAGUGACCUGUGACAUCCGGCUACGGGUUCGGGCGGAGUAUUCUGAGCAUGAGUCGGCCUUGCGGGGGAGAGUUUCAUCGGACAAGCAGCAUCCUCUGGAGCGGCAAUUCGAGCUGUUUAGCCGUGCCAGCAUGCUUCUCCGUGCCCGGGACCUCGGCUCCAUCGUCUGUGACAUAAAGUUCUCAGAGCUGGCAAACCUGGACGCCUUCUGGGCCGACUACCUGAGUGGGGCGCUCCUAGAGGCGCUGAAGGGGGUCUUCAUCACGGACUCGCUGAAGAGAGCAGCAGGCCAGGAAGGGGUCAGGCUGUUGGUCAGUGUGGACCAAGAUGACUAUGAGGAGGGCAGGAAGCUGCUGCUUAGCAACCAGGCACAGAGCAAAGAGUACAGCAUAGAAUAGAGUUGGGCCCUGGGUAAUUGAAAAGGAACAGGCCAUACUGAGACUGAAGGUCAAUAGACAGAGGUUUGGAUUCACACCUGGCAGAACAGGACACCGGCUCCUUACUGAACAGUGAAUCAUUCUGCAGUAAAUACAAAUACAAGAGAGUUUUCUCUGUUCUUGUGGUCAGUUAAAAUUUCCACACCACACAUUACCUCCAUAUACAUAAGCCGUCUGCAGCUUCCUACGCUGCCAGUAGUUUAUGGAUUACAGUGUGAUAUUUGUCUGUUUGAUGACGCCACUGAGUAAUGUAAAAAGAGUCCCGUGGUUUGAAGUUUAUGUUAAACAGUUUGAGUAGAUGGACCUUGAGGUUGCUUUAAUUCUGUCGCAUAAGUGUGUAGAUAAGAGGAAGCGGAGGUGAGCUUAAGGAUCUUAACCUAGAGAAUCCACACUCAUCCCCACAUGAUCACUGAUCAACAUUUCCACCCUAAUCAGGUGAGGUGUCUUCUGCAAACUGUGUGCAGUGUGGUCUCUGUAGCGGGAGACAGCGGGAGAAGUGUAACAGUGGCGUUUCUUUUCUGUUAUAUAAUUAAGGACCAUACAGGGCUUAAAUUUUGCCUGCUGAUCACCAGCGUUCCAAGGCCCAAGACCAAAAGGAUUCGGAGACGAAUAGAACCGUCUAUGGGAGAAAACUGUUAAAAAGCAAAUGACAAGCACGGUCACUCGAACCGACGAAACAGAAGAGCUUGUCGUCUUCUUGACCUUAUGUCACUACCACACUGGGCCUUUAUAGGAUUUCUUUUUUUUAGAAAUAUAUGGGUGAAUACAUAUUUGCUACCUUUGUAUUGUUUAAACAGAUGUCCAGAAAAAUGGUAGAUAGCCAUUCUGUCUUCAGGAAGGACGCGUGUCUGACGAUUGUCUCCUACUCUUUUUUUUUUUUUUUUUUUUUUUCCUCUACGUUUUUGUUUAAUGUGCUAAUUUAAUUAACGCAUGUGUGGACAUUUCAGUUUGCGUCCAAACUUGAUUCACAAUAAAAUAAUAUUGAACAUG